AUGGCCCAUCCAUCUACAUCCGAGAACCUUUUGGCUCGAACAGCGGUCCACUGGGCCGAAUACCGUAUCAAUCGACAGGCUGGUCUCUCCAGGGACGGCGAUCUAUCCGAAAUUGCCCGAAACGCCUUGGAGUUUCUCACCAUGACGGAGUGCAGCUUUGUCCAUAUCAAAACCGACGUUCAGGAUGUUCUUCUUCACUGGGAUGUGUUUGGAGCCGAAGGACCGCCAGAGAUUGAAAUCUUCACAAGACGUCUUGUUCAGCAACAGCCCGAGGCCGACAAGUCCAGCUUCAUCGCAGAAAAUGCAUACACUGCAACCAAGGUGCGAUUGCAUCGGAAGCUGCGAGAGAUCAUCACGGGCGAGGAAGUCAUUUCCAACGCCACAAGCUACAUCAAAUACUGA